AAACUAGCCGUUGUACCUGUCUCUCCCGAAAAUCCAUCCCGCUUCCCCUCGUGACGGGGGUAGGCCCCUUCUCCGCUCCCACUUCUCCACUCCGACCCGAUCUCUCCGGCAUGGCCGCCGCCGCAGCAGCAGCCCCGCCGUCGGAGUGCGCGGACCUGAUGCCUCCACCGCCUACUGCGCCCCGUCCCCGCCGCCGCGCAAGGGAAGUCAGCUCCCGAUACCUCUCGACGCCCGUCCCCCCGACCCCGCGCCUCUCCACCGUGUCCGCGGCCUCCUCCACGCGGUCGCGCUCCCCGACACCUUCCCCUCGUGGUCGGCAGCGGAUGGCCACGCCCUUUGCCAACGAGAACCACCCGCCUCCUCCUCCCAAGGGCACCGUCGCGCGCCGGCGGGCCGUGCAGAAGCUUUUCGACGAGACGGGCGCCGGCAACCCGCGCGCCUCGGUGGGCUCCAACUCCGCCGAUGUCCUCGAAGCUACUCCGCGGCCUCUCCUGCGCUCCACCAGAGGGCCGGUCGCGCCCACCGCGCGGAGGGGGUACCCGCGCCUUCCGACGCCCGCGCGUGCCGGCUCCUGCCCUACUUCCGCCGCGGUGGAAUCCGACGCCUCCUCGUGCUGCUUUUCGUCUGAUACGUCGUCCACGUCCACUGACUUCUCUGAGGCCGAUGGGGCGCUCGGGAUGGCCCCAGCCGCGCCGUGCGAGAGCCCGACGCUGCUGGGCCCAGCGUCCUGCCGCGGGGGACGCCUCUCGUCAGAGCUCCGCUCGUCGGUGCCGGAGUCGGGCGGGUCCUCGCGGGCGUCCAACCCACUAUGCUACCGCUCGCUCAACUCGGCACUGUCGAUCUCGAUGGCGAUGGCCGGGAAACCGACUCCGGCAGGGAGGCCACCACAACCGCAAGGGCCGAAGGCAACUGAUCUGAAGAAGGCGGCGACCGUAGGGGGCAGGAAGGCCGUGGGGAAGCAAGAAGACGUGCACCAGCUGCGGCUGAUGGACAAUUCGUACCUCCAGUACAGGUUGCUCAACGCCCGGGCUGAGGCUGCAGGCAAGGCCAAGGCAGCUGCUGCUGAGAAAUCCCUCUACGGGCUAGAGGAGAAGAUUGCCAGCCUCAGUGUGUCUGUUGCUGAGAAGAGGGUAGAGGUGCAAUGGAUGCGAAGGGAGAAUAGAUUGAGUUCAGUAGUAAAUGCGCAGAUAUCAUGUUUGAACCAAUGGAGCGAUGUUGAGGGGAGUUACGCAAGCUGCCUUAGAGGAGCAACAAGGGCACUGUAUAACGGCUCGCUAAGGCUACCAAUCAUUGGGAGUGUAGAUGUCAACUGCGAGGAACUUACAGAGGUCCUAAAAUCAGCUACACAACUGCUUGAACCGCUUACAUCUUGCAUCGACAAUUUCCUGCCAAAGGUCGAACAAAUCGACGAUGUGGCAUGUAAUCUUGCCCAAGUUAUUGCUACGGAAAAGACCUUGAUAGAGGAGUGUGGUAAUCUUCUAUACCAUGCGCAGAACCUGCAGAUGAGGGAGAGCAGUUUGUGGAGUCAAGCGAUGCAACUGAAACAAAAUGAAGCGAAGUAACAGAAGGCAGAGGGGCAAACACGCUGCCAUGGUCGUUUGUUCAACUGAGGGAGCUAACUGAGCUCCACCGUUGUCUGCCCAAGUGGACAGAGGCUGCCUGAUGCCCUGAUCGAUGAUACAUCACCGAAGGCAGAAGUGGGUCCUGUGAAUCAAGAGUUGCGGAUUCUUUUCCCAGUACAUAUGUAUAUGUUCGGUAAUUUGCCGUGUAAGCAUUUUUGCUGUUUAGCUAUUGAAAAAAACAGACACGAGCAUCGUUCUUACGAAUGCAAAUUUGUUGAUUCUUUGCA